AUGCCUGCGAAGCGCAAACAUCGUUCGUCGCCGGCUCCUAAGGGACUAGCUGCAGGGGAACAACUUAAACGAGGCAAAUUGCCUGGCAGCGAUCCAUGGGGUUGGGUUGGUACGGAGGUCACCCAUCCCUCUCAGAUCACCUUGGAACAUCGUCUUAUGUCGUGUGGUCUCUCUCGGAGGAGCAACAACCCGUUCUGUGCCAACAAGUACGCACACAAGUCAGAGAAGCAGAACAGCCCUACUCCCAAGCGUGAACCCGCAGAUGGCGAGCCGGGAGACGACAUCAUUGUUGUCUCGGAUGAUACACCACCACCAUGCAGUAAGAAGUUGUGCAAGAACAACCCCAAUUGUUUGAAUUACCUCGGACAAGAGACAUGGAAAGACGAAGACAAAGUCAGGGAUCUAUUCCUGAAGGCAUCUGACCUAGGGUUCAACCCAGUGCUCAACGCCCGAGAUCCCGAACUUCCUGUUGGCUUAAAGAACCUUGGUGCGACGUGCUAUGCGAACGCUUUCAUUCAAGUAUGGUUUCGAGACCUAGCUUUUCGGAAUGGUGUCUAUAUGUGUCAGCCAUCACAAGAUAAGGAAGACGUAUUCGAGGAUUCGCCUAUAUUUCAGUUACAAGUGACGUUUACUGCAUUGCAGGAAUGCACGCAAAACGUCUUCAAUCCCGAAAAACUUGCUGAAAGCUUAAAGCUUUCAACCUCAGAACAGCAAGACGCACAAGAGUUCUCAAAGCUUUUUAUGUCUCACCUCGAUGCUGAAUUCCAGAAACAGUCAUCACCAUCUUUAAGAUCACUUGUAUCUAAUCAGUUUCAAGGGGAGCAAGUAUACGGCACGAUCUGUGGGAAUUGCCACAAUAAGUCUGAGCGAUCUACGGACUUCCUUGAACUUGAAAUAAAUAUCGAGAACAACGCUCGGCUGGAGGACCGUAUCGCUGCUCUUCUACAGGACGAGAAACUCACUGGUGACAACAAGUACCUGUGUUCGAAAUGCGAGUCGCUCCAGGAUGCCACACGGUAUACUGAGUUGCGAAACCUUCCUCCUGUACUUCAUUUCUCCCUCUUACGAUUUGUUUACGACUUUGCCUCUAUGGAGCGCAAGAAGUCUAAGCACAAUCUUCUGUUCCCAACGACACUUGACAUGGACCAAUUUGUAGGUUCUGCUGCCGCCCGAAAAGCAGCGAGUAGCGACAAGAGUGCCAGAAAGGACAUCUAUGAGCUCAGAGGUGUUCUAUUACACAAGGGACCGAGUGCAUAUCACGGCCACUAUGAGGCUCAAGUUCUGGAUACCGCUAUAUAUGGUCAAGUUAUUGGAAAAAGUGAACUAAUCGAUUGCGGCAGGGGAAGUACUGGAAAUUCCCGUGGACGUCCCGCAAAGAAAAGGCGGCGGAUCGAUGAUAGCGACGAUGACGUUAUCGAGGAUAUCUUUUUAUCAAAAGACGUCUACAUGCUUAUUUAUGUUCGCAAGGAUGUCCCAUUCCCAGACAACGCCAACUGGCCAGUGACUAUUGCUAGCCAAGGAUCCGAGCAUGGAGCCAUGCCGAUUGAUGGUGGAAGUUUUUUCCCUCCCCCACGCGCUCAGGAGGUUGUAAAUAGUCUGAAUGCAGCCCAUGACGUGGCCUGUGACGCAUAUGCAAAGAGGGAAAAAGAAGCAAAGGAACAUUUUGAUGAGUUGCUCAGGAAGAUGAAAGACAUCUAUUCCUCUUGGAGCGUCAAUUCUAUGGAUGAGGACUCCGUUAUCAUAAGCCGUCAUGCUCUCGAACGAUGGUUGUCCAAACCUCUUGCAAAGCCAAAAACCAAACCUAGGGGCGGGGAGGAACCAGAGACCACACCCGAGAUUUCGUCAACUUCAGACAUCCUUUGCUACCACGACUCUCUGGAUCCUCAAAGAGCUAACAAUAUGAAGCGUGUCUCCGCUAGCGCCUAUAAGAGGCUCGCUGAGUUUAGCGAGUCUGAAAUUUCUCCGGUAUGCCAGGUGCAUGACGUUUGUGAGACUUGUGUCAGGGAAUCAUUCAUAGAAAAACUAUAUCAAGUCGAACAUCCUCGACUGGUAGCACAGUUCGAUGCAGUCUGUGAUGAAACCCCCGAUCAACCAGGCUACUGGAUAUCCAAGAAUUGGCUCAAAGACUGGCGAUUGCAGAAGCCCAAAAUGCACACACCGCUGCAAGGAGAUGCAUCACCCGAUGCCCCAGAGUAUCUUGGUCACGUUGUGUGCGAACAUGGUCAACUGUCGCUGGUGUCAACAGCACGAAAGAGCAUAUCCACUAAGGCUGGUGACAUAAUUAAAGGCUUGUUCCCUCAAUGGGUACCACGCUCAACUCAGGAAGAGCUCUGCGCUGUUUGUGAGGCAACCAUAAAUAUGUCCAGGGAAGACAAGCGUGAGCUACGGAGGAAAGCUGAAGACGAGAAGGCACGGCUACGUCACAUGCAUGACAACGCCCUAACAGGAAACACUCUGCUCCUCGAGAAUGUCCCGUGUGCUAUCCUGCCUGCACACUUCGUGCGUUUGUGGAGAAAGUGGGUCACUCGGCCAACAGAUGGACCUCGUCCCGAAGGUGUCAAUAAUUCACAAUUCCUGUGUGAGCAUGGGCACCUUCUUUUCGAUCCUAAUUGUCCAAACGAUUGGGACACGUCUAUUGCCGUUGUACAAAUGACAGAGUGGAUGCUGUUAGCAGAUUUGUAUCCAUGCAGCUCCCCCAUCACACUGGAGAAGAAACUUGUCGAGAAUCCACCGAACGUAUUUGACACCAAGUUCGAGCACGAUGUUCCCGUGUGUCGUGACUGCCGUUCAAAGAGGCGGUCUAACUAUGAUGUUGCUGAGAUCACUGUUCGGCUGUUGAGUGGGAAAAACGCAUCCAAGGAUGUUGUGACGCAAGAGAACAAAAGCCAUAAAUCCGAGGAGAAUGGUCAGCAUCCUCAAAUGACAUAUGGAUCUAAUAGGACCUUCGGUACGCGGCAGUCAAAGCGCAUACGUGAAUCCAAGGAUGGCGUAGAAAAGAAACGGAUCACUGUCUCCAAGUCGACCACGGUGAAGGACAUCAAAGUGAUGCUAUAUGAAGCGCUCAAGAUCCCAACAAUCUGUCAACGAUUGUCUUACUGUGGCCAGGAACUUGAUGAUAAUUCGGUCACUGUCGCAACUCUUGGACUUCUCAUAAACGAUGUCCUUGAUCUUCGGGAAGAGGCAGAAGAUGACGAGAAUGCAAUAACAGAUGACGUCAAUCGUGCAAAGAAAAGGCGCAAGGAAGAACGAGGUUUCGGUGGUACCCUCUUGGCUUCGUCACAUCCAAAUAUCGUUGCAGAUGUUACUGUGUUGAUGAAGCAAGUGAGAUAA